CAUUGAUGAGGGUUUGCAGUUGUCUGCAGGAACGUUGCUUGCCCUCUAUGAACAACAUUGUGUCCUGCUUGUUGUCUAAACUUACCCAAGUCGCCAAGAACCCAAGCAAACCAAGCUUCAAUCACUUCAUGUUCGAAACGAUGUGCCUGUGCAUUCAGAUCACAUGCACCGUGGAUCUGGCUUCAGUUGUGUGCUUCGAAACAGCCUUUUUCCCCGUUUUCCAAGAAAUUCUCCAAAACGACGUUGUUGUACACUCCAAUUUGGCACCCGACCCAUACCUGAAUAACCCAGUUGAACUGAAUCAGCGCAUGAGACUGCUUGCGUACAUUCUACACUUUCAUGUGAUUGCCGAUUUGAAUUCUCAGGCCUCUGUGCCAGUAUCAUUACAUUUUCCUUUCAUCACAAGCACACGAUCCUCCGGUCAAAGCAAAAUCAUUGCGCUCAUGAUGCGAAUCUGCUCGAGAUCUUUUAUUGUUGGAGAAAUUUCCUCCUUCACGAAGACUUGUUCAUCUCUCAGUGCUAUAAGUACAUGA